ACAAUUUUUCAGAAGAGAAGAAUAUACAUUUUGUAUAAAAGACGCCGUGUAAAUCAUCAACAAAAGCAAAGAAUAGAUAAUGAUACCGAAUCAAAGUAUUUUCAAUUUGUUCGUGUUAAUUGUGUCAAUCACGUUGAUUGGGAAGUGCGUUGGUCAAGUGAAUUUAUCGAAUCGGCCACCUUAUACCGAGUAUGCAAAAAUGGUACGUUAUUUGGUUCAUAAAUCAAAUUGGACAUCAAUGGGAACAAUAUCAACGGUGUCACCAAUUCAAGGCUUCCCAAUGGUGAACAUUAAAUCGAUUGCCGAUAGUGCUGUAACUGGAAAAUCAACGGGUCACAUUUAUUUUUUGUUAACCGAUUUGGAUUUAACGGGCAAAGAUAUAAAUCAAGUUAAUAAAUGCACCGCUAUGUUUACGGAAGAUCAAGAUUUGUCCUGUUUAAAUUCGGGUCUUGAUACACAAGAACCGAAAUGUGCACGUGCCAUUCUUACAGGCAAAGUUGAACGAUUAAAUGAGAACAGUGAUGAAUAUGCCAAUGCCGAUGAAUACUUUACCGAUCGUCAUCCAGCAUCGGUUAAUUGGCGAAAACAACACAAUUUCUAUUUUUGUAAAUUGCAGAUUGAAUUUAUUGUCUUGAUUGAUUUCUAUGGUGGCGCAAGAUACGUGUCCGUAGAUGAUUAUUACAAUGCCAACUAUGAUGCGGUCGAUAGUGGUAAUGAACAUUUAGCAGAAUUAUGAUGAGAAAAUGCGUUUGCAAAACACACCACAAUUGCUCUUUAAAAAUUUAUUGUCACUACAAAUAUUUCAAUAAAAGACAUUUUCCGUCUUUACAUAUGA